CAGAGAAGUCAUUGGACAGAGAGAGAGAGAGAGAGAGAGAGGAAGACGAAGAUGGCGGCGGCAUCGUUCAGGUGGAUACUGCAACUACACAAAGACGUCCCAAAAGCUGCGAAGCUCUACGCAGAGGGCUUGGACUUCACCGUCAAUGUCUGUACCCUCCGGUGGGCCGAACUCCAAUCCGGCCCUCUCCGGCUCGCUCUUUUACAUUCCCCCAGGGAGCAUUCCACAGAGAAGGGAUACUCGUCACUUUUAUCCUUUACUGUGACCGACAUCAACAGCACUGUAACGAAAUUAAUGGCUUUGGGUGCAGAGCUGGACGGUCCAAUAAAAUACGAGAUUCAUGGAAAGGCUGCAGCUAUGCGGUGUUUUGAUGGGCAUAUGGUUGGCCUCUAUGAGCCUGCCUGAAAGUGCCAAAACCAAGCGUGUUUGUUACCUGGCAACCAGAAGAAACAAUGACUUUCAGGGAUCCGGUGAAUGGCUUCUUGGGGUGCGAAAAACCUUGUAAAUGCAAGAAGUAGCUUUCUGCCCUUCUUUGAUUCUGCUGAUCGGUGGGUUGUUCUUUCUAAUCAUACGGAUUAACCGCAAGAGCACAGCUUUGUUGGGUGCUUUGAGAAUUUGCAGGCAAUUGGAGGAAGACACGGUCCAAUUAUAUUUGCAGCUCUCUCAUCCGUUGAGAAACGUCUUGGACUAUCAUCCAGCUCUCUUUGUUCCUUUCUUGUUUUUUUUUUUUUUUUUCAGUUAAUAUGGGAAUUGCCUUUAGAUUCAGGGCACACUAUGUUUAUUGACACCAGAUGCCAUAUCAAGAUGAAUAUCAGGUGCUGUUCAUGUUGCCCUUCUUGCUCCUUUAGCAAUGGAAUGGAAUAUAAGAUAUUUUUUACUUAUUUUCAUUUCUUUCUCCUCUUGCAAAUGCAUCGUAUCAUUUUGUGAUUAUUGUCGUCGU